CUAACGUCUUCCUGCUCCCUCCUUCGCCGCCGCCAGCCACGACCACCACCGGAGCCGGAGGAAGAGAGGAAGGGAGAAGCCAACAGGUAACGAUGGUGUCCGGCUCCGGUGUGUCCGCGCGUCGCGUGGUGGUGGAUGCGCGCCACCACAUGCUGGGUCGCCUUGCGUCGAUCGUGGCCAAGGAGCUGCUCAACGGGCAGCGCGUAGUGGUUGUCCGGUGCGAGGAGAUGUGCAUCUCCGGCGGACUGGUCCGUCAGAAGAUGAAGUACCUCCGCUUCCUCCGCAAGCGGAUGAACACCAAGCCCUCGCACGGCCCCAUCCACUUCCGCGCCCCCUCGCGCAUUUUCUGGCGCACCGUGCGCGGCAUGAUCCCGCACAAGACGCCCCGCGGCGAGGCCGCGCUCGCCAGGCUCAAGGCUUUCGAGGGCGUCCCGCCGCCUUACGAUCGCACCAAGCGUAUGGUCAUCCCCGACGCGCUCAAGGUUCUGAGGCUGCAGCCGGGGCACAGGUUCUGUCUGCUCGGCGAGCUUUCCAAGGAGGUCGGAUGGAACUACCAUGAAACUAUCAAGGAACUGGAGGAGAAGAGGAAGGAGAAGGCCAAGCUGUCGUACGACAGGAAGAAGCAACUGGCCAAGCUGCGCAUCAAGGCUGAGAAUGCUGCCGAGGAGAAGCUGGGUUCUCAGUUGGACAUCCUGGCACCAAUCAAAUACUAGUGUGCCGCGCAGUCAUGCAUCAUCUGUUUUGCUGGAUAAUGGUGGUUAUUGUUUACGUUAGUAGCCUGAGAGUGUCGUUGAGAUUUGAAACCUCUGAGUAUCUAUACUAUUCCAAUCUUUGUAGCAAAUGGAUUGUUUGGUAUUGUUGUUUUCGCCCCAUGAGAUUUCAAAGAUGUUGCUGUUUUCUCCAUCA